AUGCAUUGGACGCAACUGUUGUUGGCCUUCGGGGUCACCGCGUUUGCUCUUCCCUCGAAUCAGAAUGUCUGCCAAUCCGAACGGCACGUCAUUGAUGAAAUUCAAAAUGACCGAGAAGCUCGGGCAUACUGCAGCAGCAGUGUGCUUCAUAUCCCAACUCACACGACUACCGUGACGAAUACAUGGACUCCGCCGCCCAAACUCGUCACUCACACUGUCUUCAGAACUAGCACUCACACUGCUUUGACCACCCACAUUAUCUCGCAGACAAUUACUGAACACUUUACUAACACUGUCACGGAUCACCUCACCCUCUCAACCACCGAUUUCAUUGAUUCGACGCUGACAGUGGUAACCACCGACAUCGUGUAUCAGACAGACACAGCCACCAUCACUGCCCUGUCCACCGCUACAAUUACAAACCUCGUGACCGAGACCGACACCAAUGUGGUCACUGCAACCUCUACCGCCACCUACGAACAAGUUUAUGGACGCGAUUUCCGGGGAGAGCCAUACCGGCAAGGUAAUGUUCCCAAGCCUCUCCAAGGGCUACAGAGCAAGGUCAUGUCAGAGAUUUGCUCUUGUCUACACCUGCAGACCCCAACAGUCACUCGUUCAGUGAUCAAGACUGCCGUCAAGCCUACUAUUACCUCGACCCAGACAGUUCACCGGACAGCUACUGUUACCGAUACCAUUCUGUCAACUCACCAUGCCACGGUGGAAGUUACGGACACUGCAACUUUAGAUUCGACCACUGUAGUCACCGUCGUGCAAACCAGCUAUUUCACCGACACUGUCACGGAGGAAUCUACCGUUGAGAUCACGACAGAUAUUACUACCGAGGUGACAGACACUGUGACUGUGAUCGCCACAGACUCCGUUUUUUUUUCAUCUACGACUUUGGCGGAAGUCACCGUGACCGAGUCAUCUUCAAGAUAUGUGGCCCCUUCAUCUACCUCUACAAUCGUCGCUUCAUCCAAGGCCGCCAAUGUGGUGUCAUCUUCAACCUCGGUUAGCACAACUACAUCUGCCGCAUUUGUGGUUACGACAACUUCCAACUCAAAUUAUGGUGCUGCUACGGUCUCGUCGUUUGCUGGCCCAAUUACACUCAGCUCUGCUGCAACAGCUACCAUGACCCCGAUUGACCCCCCCGGUGUCAACAUGGGUGGUACCGGUGUUUUGACUCCCACUGGCAUCGCCCAAGUAUGGUAUAGCUCGGAUGACAGCACCUCCGACUCAAACUCCGCAUACCCUUACGUCCGUUUGAACAUGACAUUUACGGAAGAUUCAGUUGCCCUGGAUCAGUCAAUCUACAUUAAGGAUAUCGUCUGCACCUCCUCCACUCUAUCUGGAUAUUUCAACAAUUCGGCCGCAUACAGUUAUGCAGAGAGCUCUUGGCCGACUGAUAGCAGUGUCAUCCUGAUCACAGCUGCGUCAAGCUGCAGUUCCGAUGGACAGAACAUCUACUUCUUAUCUACUUCGAUCGUCUUCACUGACUCCAGCGACUCCUUCGUGGCAACAGGAACCAUCGAAGCAAUUGCCGACGUUCUCGACAACGUCGGAAUGGACUUUGGUGCUCUUACAUACAACACGGAUGAUAGCAGUUCGAGCUCGAGCUCCUCAGAUUUGGGCUGUACCUCUCCGACUUCGUCUACAAUCGAUGGCCUUCCCGCUAUCUCCUGCGGAACAGAUUUCGAUGAGAAAUUAAAUGAUGCUCUUGGAUAUUACUCUGUUGCGACUGAGUCUGAUGCCGAUGCUACCUUGCUGACUCUUGCUCCUGGAUCAUCAACUACUACCAAUUCCCGAGUGAUGCGCCGUAGCUUUUGGAGCAAGCUCAAGGCUGCUGUCAAGAAGGUCGCAAGUGUAGUUAAGUCAGUUGCUAAGACGGUGGCGACCAAGGUGGCUACUGUCGCGAAGACUGUUGUCAGCACAGCUGUUUCAGCCGUGAAGACCGUGGUUAGCACUGUCGCAAGUACGGUCGCGACUAUUGCUAAGACAGUUGUGGCCCUUGUUACUCUUGUUGUGACUGGUAACUACAGUCAAACGUUCGAUAUCUCGCUGAGCAUCACCCCGUCCUCGUCUCUUUUGACUACAUCUCCCUGGGGAGAAGGAUUCAAGUUCUAUACAUUGACCCUUGAUAAGGAGGAUUCUCACUUCUCACUGGAUGAUACAGUCUUGGAGAAGAUCGAGUCGGAGCUGAUUGGAGAAGCUGACCCCGAGCCCGGCAUCGAGCUCUGGUGUGUUGACUGUGGCGUCACCGGUGAAUUCAAAAUCACGGGCGCAUUCUCAAUCAGCGUUUCUAAGGGAAUCUCAAAGGCUCAGCUCUCUUUGACCGGCAAUAUGUAUGCUGGCUUGUUCAUCGGACUUGAUGCCUUUGCUGAGUACGAUUUGACAACUGAGCACGAUCUUUUCACAGUCAGCCUGCCUGGAUUCUCAAUUCCUGACAUUGUUACCCUGGGUCCUAGUCUGUCGCUUGGUGUCUCUGCUGAUCUUGAUAUCCAAGCCGAAGGUCAAUACUUCAUUGGUGCCGGAUUGAUCUGGUCCGACAUUAGUUCAGUUCUGGACCUUAUUGAUCACGCUUCGUCAACUCACUCAGGAUGGACUCCCACCCAUAACUACUCCGCAAGCUUCGAUGGAGAUGUCACUAUUACAUCUACUUUAGGCAUGCCGGUCACCCUGGAGUUUGGUCUUAACAUUUUGAGCGGAACCUAUAAGAAAGAUGCGAAAUUGAUUGAUACCCCUGGAAUCGUUGGUACUAUUGAGUACGAUGAUGAUCUCUCUUAUACAAACGGAGAGGCAGACGUCACUCCUGCCAACGGAUGCUACGGUAUUACUUGGGACUUGGCUUUGGACAACACUGUCGUUCUCGAUCUUUCAGACUUUGAUGCUGGCACUUACACAUUGGAUACGUAUACCUUAGCAGACCUGGCUAAUGGUUGUAUCGGAACAUCUGUGACUUCCUCCGCUGCAGCAACAUCGACAUCUACCGCAACCUCAACCGCGGCCACUGCCAUCUCAACCGGACUUUCCAUGGACUAUUUCAUCUGGGGGGACUCUGACCAGACCACCCUUGCAAAGUCCUUGUUCAUGAGCGGCUCUGACAUCAAGAUCAGUCUUGCCGAGCUUUUGGCAGACUUCACCAACUCCUGGGCUGGAACAUCAAAGUCGUCUUAUACAAAGAGUAUUACUAUGCUCUUUGAGUAUAACGGUGACCUUCGCGUGUUUGUGUCUUCGGAAUAUGCUGCUUCCUCAUGGACUAUCUAUCCAGGUGCCGUCAGUCUGUCUUCAUACACUUCUGAGGUUGUUUCAUAUACCAAGCCCUCGAGUGCUAAGAUCACAAUCGUCUCCGUUGUCUGGGGUAUCGGUGUUAUCGCCACUGAGAGUGUAUAUAAUACACUUUAUAGCUAUGCCGCAGCCGGAACCUCCUUUUCGUUGUCAAACACAUUCUUCGGCACGGAUACCUGGGUGGACUACCAUAAGGUUGGUGUCAUCUUCUACCGGGACGCUUCAGGAAACCUGCAACACCUCAUUGGUGAUGAGAGCAGCACUGUCUCUUUCCCUACCUCUGCCAUGACCAAGAGAGAGGUCAGUGUCGUUGCCUCGAAGCAGCCCCAGCCUGAGACCGAGCCUGAGACCGAGCCUGAGACCGAGCCUGAGUCCGAGCCUGAGUCCGAGCCCGAAUCCGAGCCUGAGACGAGCCCUGUUAGUGUUCCUGCCGACAAGAAGCAUGCGCUGUCCAAGAAGUCCGUUCCCUACGGUCGUAACUUCCUCUUUGGCCGGUCCGACAACAGCACUACAUCAUCAAAUUCCACCAGUUCCGAUGAUAGCACUGGAACUGUGACCGUCACCGACACUACCGGUGCCCUCUACCUGAACCCCUCGAUCAACGGUACUUUGUUCGUCUCCCUUGUUAGCGACACCGCGAAUCUUACCAGCUUGACCGGCGGAUACCAGUUUGCAGCUGAUACCACCGAAGGGCUCAUCCUUGGUGAUUCCGCAUCCCGUCUGCUCUACUACUUCCCCGAUACAAUGAGUGCAGUUGGAGCCUCGCGUCUGCUUCUUGGAGCUUGGGGUGAGAUUCCCAAGACUGCCAAUCUCAUCAACCUUGUUCCGAUGUCUACUGGAAGUGAAGAAAUUCUGGUCGCGAUUGAUACGCUUGGAAAUUACUACUUCCCCUUCGUUUGCGGAAUCCAGGAUCAGCUGAACAAGGUCUUCCUUGUGGCAGAUGUUGACACUGGUGCGAGCGUUCUAGAGAGCGAUGAUCUCCUCUACACCAUCGUUGGAGGUGUUGCAUCUAACUGCACUGUUUUGGCUUUGGUGGCCUCGGGCUUAUAA